CGGCGGCGGCGGCGGCGGCCGAGGGGGCGGUGGCUACGAGGGGCGUGCGGAGCGGGCGGAGGAGGCGUCGGUGCGGGCUGCUAGGUCGCAGAGGAACCUCGUCGGGAUCAACGACUAUCACCUAUUCUACAAGAUGAGCAACAGCCACCCUCUUCGCCCCUUUACUGCAGUGGGGGAAAUUGACCAUGUGCACAUUUUGUCUGAACAUAUUGGUGCCUUGCUGAUUGGGGAGGAGUAUGGUGACGUCACAUUUGUUGUGGAAAAGAAACGUUUUCCUGCCCACAGGGUAAUUUUAGCAGCGAGGUGCCAGUAUUUUCGAGCAUUACUGUAUGGUGGAAUGAGAGAAUCACAACCUGAAGCAGAAAUCCCUCUCCAAGACACCACUGCAGAAGCAUUCACAAUGCUGCUUAAAUACAUCUACACUGGACGGGCAACGCUGACAGAUGAGAAGGAGGAGGUGUUGCUGGACUUUCUGAGCCUGGCUCAUAAAUACGGAUUUCCAGAGCUGGAGGAUUCUACCUCUGAGUAUCUCUGCACCAUACUUAACAUUCAGAAUGUCUGCAUGACUUUUGAUGUUGCCAGCCUCUACUCACUUCCCAAGUUAACUUGCAUGUGCUGCAUGUUUAUGGACAGAAAUGCUCAGGAGGUGCUCUCAAGUGAAGGCUUCCUUUCCCUUUCUAAGACAGCACUUUUAAACAUCGUAUUAAGAGAUUCAUUUGCAGCUCCUGAGAAAGAUAUUUUUCUAGCUUUGUUAAAUUGGUGUAAGCACAAUUCAAAGGAGAAUCAUGCUGAAAUCAUGCAGGCUGUGCGUUUGCCUCUGAUGAGCCUCACUGAACUGCUGAACGUUGUGAGGCCUUCAGGACUGUUGUCUCCUGAUGCUAUUCUGGAUGCUAUUAAAGUUCGAUCAGAGAGCCGGGAUAUGGACCUCAAUUACAGAGGCAUGCUCAUACCAGAAGAAAAUAUUGCAACUAUGAAGUAUGGAGCCCAGGUUGUAAAAGGGGAGCUGAAGUCGGCCUUAUUAGACGGUGAUACUCAAAAUUAUGAUUUGGAUCAUGGAUUUUCUAGGCACCCGAUUGAUGAUGACUGCCGUUCUGGCAUUGAGAUUAAGCUAGGUCAGCCAUCUAUUAUCAAUCACAUUCGGAUACUCCUGUGGGACCGAGAUAGCCGGUCUUAUUCAUACUUCAUUGAAGUGUCAAUGGAUGAACUUGAUUGGAUCAGAGUGAUUGAUCAUUCGCAGUAUCUGUGUCGUUCUUGGCAAAAGUUGUAUUUUCCAGCCCGUGUCUGCCGGUAUAUUCGAAUAGUUGGAACCCACAACACAGUGAACAAGAUUUUUCACAUUGUGGCUUUUGAAUGUAUGUUUACAAACAAAACCUUCACUCUCGAGAAAGGGCUAAUAGUUCCCAUGGAGAAUGUUGCAACGAUUGCCGAUUGUGCCAGUGUGAUUGAAGGGGUCAGUCGAAGCCGGAAUGCCUUGCUGAAUGGCGACACCAAGAAUUACGAUUGGGAUUCUGGCUAUACAUGUCAUCAGCUAGGAAGUGGUGCGAUUGUGGUUCAACUGGCACAGCCAUACAUGAUCGGGUCAAUACGGUUACUACUUUGGGACUGUGAUGAUCGAAGCUAUAGCUAUUAUGUUGAGGUCUCCACCAACCAGCAACAGUGGACCAUGGUGGCUGACAGAACUAAGGUCUCCUGCAAGUCCUGGCAAUCUGUAACUUUUGAAAGACAGCCUGCCUCCUUCAUCCGAAUCGUUGGAACACACAACACAGCAAAUGAGGUGUUCCACUGUGUCCACUUUGAGUGUCCGGAGCAGCAGAGCAGCCAUAAGGAGGACAGCAGUGAGGAGUCGGGGCCAGGGGAGCCCAGCCCGGGUCCGCAGCUCGACCCCCACGCCCUGCAGGCCCCCAGCGGCAGCUCCCUGCCUUCCAGCCCCGGCUCCGCCUCUCGCUCCCCCAACCGGCAGCACCAGUAAAGGGCCCCCAGGCCCCAUUGAGGGCAGAGUUUUGAGCAGUUAAGCCUGGGGUGGAGCAGAGAAGCACUGCCCAGGUCUCCCGUCUCCCGAGUGAAGCACAGACGCAG